CAGAGGACUUUGCAGUCACUAUGGAGAAGGGAAAAAAAGGGCUGGGUUUCAAUGACCCUUGUACCCAGCAGAAGAGUUGAAACGGCAAGCUCACCUGCUGGUGUUUCAGGAAAUGAAGCUUGGCUCCAUGACACACUACAACGGGAUUAAUAACAAAGUUGAAUAAAAGAAUGGACCUAGAUACAUGCGUCUGGCUCAUAGUGUGUGCAACUGGAGUGAUGGGACAGUUCCAAGUGGAGCCUCUGGAUUCUACCGUUCUAAAAGGAACAGAUGCUCGAUUCACCGCCACUGUGCAGGGAAAGUGGGAGGUCAUGACGUGGAACGUCCGAGGUUUUCUGGUCCUCACCUUUCCCCGAAGUGGUAACGUGUCCUCGGCCUCGGAACAAUUUUCGGCGUCCAUCUGCUCUGCCGAGGACACCAGCUGCGUUGCGUUCACCAUCCACAACACUUCUCGUAGAGAAGCUGGGCCAGUUAUUUGUACCGUGCAAGGAGACUAUGGGUCAAAAUCAGCAACGCUACAUGUUCAAGAGAGCGGUGCAGUCCAAAUCCAGGAGGGUGAUUUGAAGGUGGCCGAGGAUGAGGAGGUGGAGUUCACCUGCGUGACUUCAUCUUGGUUCCCUAAUCCUGUUGUGAGCUGGAAGCUGAAUGGUGGCCCUGUAGAUGGCAACCUGUACAACAAUACUCAUGUGCCUCAUGGAGAUUCCUUUAACUCCUCCAGUGUCCUGAAGUUUAAAGCUAUCAAAAAUUCUACCGUGGAGUGUUUGGCGAUGCUGCCGACACUAACAAAGCCACUAUCCAGCACCGUCUUCUUAGUAGUUGUGCCGAAACCUCCAGACUGGACCGUCCUGAUAGCUCUGGUUUGCUCUUUUGGAGGUGUUGCUCUUCUAUUUUUACUCAUUUAUGGCAUAUUCUUUUGCUACAAACGCAAGAAAGAAAAAGAACCCAACUACCAAGAUGAAAUGACGAGAAGAGUAAGAACACAGAGCCAGUUGAGCGGACUGAGACCACCUGGACAGAAACAAGGUCGAGUCAAUGCAGGUUAUGUGACAGAUGGUCAAACAAAUGUCACUUCAAGUGAUCUUACAAACAGCGGUUACUCUCACACAACUCCCUCCAAUUUUUUUGAGAUGCACGAUGCUGUUUAUAAUAACCACACAGAAAAUGACUACAACAACGUGGGUGAAGGUUUCAGAAAACACAGACAUGCCACUACUGUGUAGAAAGACUAAAAA